AUAUCUCCAAAGUAAAGUCAUACAUUUUGCUGUACAAAACCAAGAGUUCCCUUUUUCCUUAUUGUAGUCAAAUCACUGAAGAGUGAUGAAUAUCUGUAUUAAAAGUAGCAUGUUUAGACCUACUCCGUCUUACGUAAUCCUUUGAUUACCCAUAUGUUGUAACCCUUUGUCCAACGCAUCAUUUCCUGAUUUGUUGCAAUGAUUUAUUGGUUUGACUUCAUUUCCUUUAAUUCUCAAACCUUUGUUGAUUAAUCCCAAUUUGCCCAAUGGAUGAGACCCUCAUAGUCCAUGUAGAAGAAUCACAACCCCAAGAACAGGAUCAACCUCCUCCUCUACUCAAAUCCCAAGAAAAUGGAAAUGGAAAUCAUGAUCGUGAUGAUACUGAUUUAGAUAAAACCCUUCAAAAGUUAGAAUUAUUUCUCACUUUGUUGGGUUUCAAUCAGUCUUCAGUUUUAAGCUUUGUGCUGUCAUGGGUUUUCCUUUUGCUAUUAGGGGUUCUGCUUCCUAUGGUUAUGCUGGAGCUCUCUUGUCAAAAUGCUCAAAUUAAGAGCUUUGAGUUUGAUAUUUUGGUUUCUCAAGCUCUUCUAGCUGCUGCAUCUUUGAUUUGCCUUUCACAUAACCUUCGCAAGUACGGAAUACGCAAGUUCCUAUUUGUCGAUCGCUACAGCGGCCAUAUAGAGCGCUUCAGUGAUCAAUAUCAUAAGAAGAUCUCUGAUUCUGUUCGCUUGCUAUUAUUGUGGGUGCUACCAUGUUUCCUUUUGAAGACUGCACGUGAAACAAUUCGUGUUUUAUAUGUGCAACACCAGUUAUGGUGGCAAUCGGCUGCCAUUUCAUUAGCUUUUGUUUCAUCAUGGACUUAUAUCACUGCAAUUUUCUUGUCCGCUUGUGUUUUGUUCCACCUGGUCUGCAGCUUACAGAUUAUACACUUUGAUGACUAUGUGAAGUUCUUGGAAAGGGAGCCUGAUUGUUUUGUUUUGAUACAAGAGCACAUUCGUCUACGUUAUUACAUCUCCAAAAUUAGCCAUAGAUUUCGAAUCUAUCUUCUGCUGUUGUUCUUAAUUGUCAUUGUGAGCCAUUUUAUGACUCUCUUUCAGACAACUGGUUAUACUGGGCUGAUUACUUACAUCAAUGGUGGUGAUUUUGCAGUCUCCUCGGUUGUUCAGGUUGUUGGGGUGAUCCUUUGCUUGAAUGCUGCUGCAAAAAUAUCCCAUAGAGCCCAAGGCAUUGGAUCAAUAGCGAGUAGGUGACAUGCUUUGGCUACAUGCACUUCAGGUGAAGCAUCACAAAUGAGAAACACAAGUAGCAUGAGUUACCUGGAAGCUGCUAAUCGAUCUAGCUCAUUCGAUAUGAACUUCUCAGAAAGUUAUUUGGAGUCCGUAGAUUUUGUAACAGAACCAACAAAUACACAAUUGGCUUCUUACAUGUCCUCCUACCAAAAGAGACAAGCCCUAGGUGUGUAAUAGUUGACUUUGAUGACACCUCAGUACUGAGACAGAACCAGGAUUCCCUUUUGUCUAUACAUGUUUGCAAAAAGUUGAAGCAUUUAAUUACUUAGUAGGUAAGGCCAUAGAUCACAUGCAAGCUUCUGAAAAUAAAUAUUUUCACUUGAUGGAAAUAUGGGCUUCUCUACACAAACAGAAAUUCAAUAAAUUGUGCAGUUGAAUACAUAUUGUGUUUUUGCUCAUCAACA